GAAGGGAGGGGAGAAAGGACACGAGGACGCAAAUGGGCAGCAAACACGUGGCAGACUUAUCUUGGUUGAUCGAGAAAAAAAGGUUUAAAAAGAAAGAGGGCCUGCGGAGUCAAAAUCACCAAAUUAAUUACAAACAAAGGAAGGAACGCAUAGAAGAAGAAGAAGAAGAAGAAGAAGAAGAAGAAAUUGGAAGGAAGGAAGGCGGAGAGAGAUAAGGGAUGGCGUUGGCGGUGAAGGCUUUUCCGUUAACAGUGGUGAGUCAUGUGGUGGGAAUCGUGGCGGUGAUACUGGUGUUGGUUUGGACCAUUCAUUUCAGGGGCGGCCUUGCUUGGGAAGCUGUUAAUAAGAACCUCAUCUUCAACAUUCAUCCUUUUCUUAUGCUACUGGGAUUGAUCGUCAUAGGAGGUGAAGCAAUAAUUAGUUACAAAUCACUGCCAUUAAGGAAAGAAGUGAAGAAAGUGAUUCAUUUGGUAUUACACGGAGUCGCAUUGGUACUUGGUAUUGUAGGGAUAAUCGCAGCAUUCAAAAACCAUAAUGAAAGUGGAAUUGCUAAUCUUUACAGCUUGCAUUCUUGGAUUGGAAUUGGGGUUAUUAGCCUUUAUGCUCUUCAGUGGGUGUACGGGUUUGUUACAUUCUUCUACCCGGGAGGAUCGGCGGAUCUUCGAAGAGUAUCACUCCCUUGGCACGUCGUAUUUGGGCUCACCGUUUACAUAUUGGCCGUUGGGAACUCGGCCUUGGGUUUCCUUGAGAAGCUCACAUUUCUGGAGAGCUCCGGCAUCCCCAAGUACGGGACGGAGGCUUUUCUUGUCAAUUUCACUGCCAUCACCACUAUCAUUUUUGGAGUCUUUGUCAUAUUCUCUGUUAUUUCUCAGCCUUGCGCUCAACCAGAAGACGACCAUGGCGCUUAUUCUGCUAUAUGAAAUAUCUUCAUCAUACUAAACGUAGCUUGCUUAGUUUCUUUAUGGUUUACACCUCCAUAAACUCUGUGCUACGUGUACUCCCAUCUCUCUCUCUCUCUCUUGCUUGGUUUUAAGGUAUACUACUAAGAUUUAUAUGCUAUAUUCUAUAUGUACUAGACAACUACAUCAUACGUUUGCUCUUUAUAAGGACUUAAUUACUCUUCUUCCUACUAA